UAUUGGAGAGGGGUCAACCGGAAAUGACCUUACAAUGCAAGCAUUGUGGGAUAAAAUAUCUAACAUGGCCGAUGUAAACAAACGGCAGAUAGAAUCCCAUACAGAGAUUAUUGCCAAUUUGGCUGCCAAUAUGCUUACCGUGCAAGACGCGGUUACCAACAAAAAUGUCCAGAAAACUAAAACAAACAAUAAUACGCAAAAGGACAAAGCUGACAACGAGGUUAACCUCAUAAACAAUAACAAUCAAAGUGAUCUGUCAGAUAAUGGUCUGGAAGAUAUUUCCGACGAUGACGAUGAUGAGUUAAACAUCGAUGAUAUUGUUGACGCAAAUGACGAUGCGGAGAAUAAAGCUUUUCUAGAUGAACUAGAGAAAAUGUACGAAGAGCCUAAGAAAUUUGGUGACAGUAUAGAUAAUCAGAUGGCAAAAUUGGUAGAUCAGGCUAUAAAUAAGCCAAUGAAAACAGAAACACUAACAAAGUUAGAGGAACAGUAUUUAGUUCCAGAAAACUGUAAACGCCUUCAGGUUCCCAAAGUUAACAAAGAAAUUUGGAGAGGGUUCAAGAGUAAGAAACAAAGAGAUCCAGAUUUGGCACUACAAAAUGUGCAAAAAUGCAUGACAACUACUCUUCUAAUGGUAGUUAAGUCUUUAAAUGUUAUGAAAUCUGGAGGGGACAUGAAUGAGGUUAAAAACACAACAAAAGACAUGUUUAAAAUGUUAACCCAUGGUAUAUAUACAUCAAAUAGAAAACGCAAACAGCUAAUAACGCCAGGAAUUCCUAGUAAAUAUAGAAGGGUAACAGAGGUGGACACACCAGUUACAGAGUACCUUUUCGGGGACAAUUUAGAUACAAAAUUGGAAGACCUUGAAAAAGAAGACAGGAGGACAAAUAAACUCAGCUUUAAUGACUCUUUUUUAGAGGAACGCAAAGUGGAGAAACGUCCAGGACCUCCAUGGCAAAAACCACCCUAUUUUCAGCCAAAGCAUUCAAAAACUUCUGGACAAGUACAUGGACAGAAGGGCAACAAGAACAAGAAGAUGAAGGCCGGAUUUCACAACAAAGACAAACGUUAAGUUGUCAUAGGACAGGUGCUUCAGAAAAUCAUCAAGGACAAGUUAGACAAAGUAGUAUUGAUAGCACCACUUUGGCCAACACAAAUAUGGUUUCCGCAAUUAUUACAUCAGAUCAGUCAACAAUCAUACAUCCUGCCGAAAAACAGUCUCUUUCUACCACAGGAUCUGAAACGAAUUCAUCCAAUUUCAAACCUCCGUCUGGGAGCUUUUAUCUUGUCCGGGAAAACUUGGAAAAUAAAGGACUUUCAACACUCACUGCCGACAUCAUUUUACAAUCUUG